UUUUCUGAUGAACUCUGUCUCAAAUUCAAUAUUCAAGUCUGGAUUUCUUAGUUUCUUACGAUGAUUUUCCAGGUAUAUUUUCUCAAUUGAAUCUGCUUUCAAGCUUGUUAAUGGCCUGGAAAUUAUUGUCCAUAUUUAGAAGGAUGACUAUUCACUGUCAGCAACAGCAUCUUUCCGAACUGAACGGUCCUUCGUUCGUCGCCUUCGCGGCGCCGAACAGAUCGAGAUAUAUGCGCGCAGAGAGCGUGGUAAUCUCCGCCCAUUGUCGGGUGUCGCCUGGCCUCUGCCAUCUUCUUAAUUAUCCUCCCUUGGAGUUCCUUAUUCUGUUCCUUGCUCGGCGAUUUGCUAUUAUGGAAGGGCCGAAAUUGGUCGCAAUCCCAUAACGUUGACGUUUUUAUUUAGGCAUUUGAUAUAACCUGCCAGGAAAGCGAAAGCUAGGAUCUUCCGUUGCGUUCGUAGCCAAAGCUCACGGCGAACGAGCAAAGGCGAGGAACCGUGCAGAUGGAAUGGAAAUGGCUGGGAAAGUUGGGGUCGGCGGCCGUGCUUGGAUUAGUUUGCCUCUUGGUAUCAUUAGCAGUGGUGUCGUCGGAGCGGAGCAUUGGAAUUGAGGGGUUGAGGGGGACAAAGAGUACUGUUCAGGAAGAGGAUAUUGAAUUUAAUUAUAUUGCAAACUCGCUUCUUUUUCUAUGGCAGAAUGAUAAAAAUUCUUACAAACCUGUUUGUCCGCCCAUGGAAUUCGGGUGGAAAAUUGCGGUGGGUUCCAUGAUUGGGUUCUUUGGAGCAGCGUUUGGUAGUGUCGGGGGCGUUGGUGGGGGUGGAAUUUUCGUGCCCAUGCUCGCUCUCAUCGUUGGUUUUGAUCCCAAGUCUGCUACAGCAAUCUCAAAGUGCAUGAUUAUGGGUGCAGCUGGUUCUACUGUUUACUACAACCUUAAGUUGAGGCAUCCAUCUUUACAUAUGCCCGUCAUUGACUAUGAUCUAGCUUUGCUCAUUCAACCCAUGCUUAUGCUAGGGAUCAGCAUCGGCGUCAUUUUUAAUGUUGUCUUUCCUGAUUGGAUGGUCACCGUCCUCCUAAUUGUCCUAUUUAUCGGGACCUCGACCAAGGCUUUCAUGAAAGGUGUUGACACAUGGAAACUGGAGACAAUUCUUAAAAGGGAGGCUGCUAAACGCUUGGUACCUAGUGAGCGCGAAGACAUCGAGUAUGAACCUCUUCCUAUGACUCCUACUAACAAUGAACAAAAAGGUGCAGCAGUGACAACAGAACUGGAGGUUCCACUUCUUCAAAAUAUAUACUGGAAGGAGCUCGGCCUUCUUGUGUUUGUAUGGAUGUCAUUUCUUGCACUACAAAUUGCAAAGAACUCUACAGCUACAUGUUCCACAUGGUAUUGGAUAUUAAACUUCCUACAGAUACCCAUCUCAAUCUCAGUUACUUUGUAUGAAGGAAUUGGUUUGUACAGAGGGGAAAGAGUGAUUGCCUCCACGGGAGUUCAAGGUUCAAACUUAAAAGUAAGCCAAUUGUUGGUAUACUGCUUUUCCGGAGUAAUUGGCGGUAUAGUAGGCGGACUACUUGGUCUAGGAGGUGGUUUUAUUUUGGGUCCAUUAUUCUUGGAACUCGGCAUCCCUCCUCAGGUUUCUAGUGCAACAGCAACUUUUGCCAUGACUUUCUCCUCAUCCAUGUCGGUCGUUGAAUACUACCUUCUAAAACGUUUUCCAGUCCCAUAUGCUGCCUACUUUCUCCUUGUGGCCACAGUUGCUGCCUUUGUGGGGCAACAUGUAGUCAGGAGACUGGUUCUUUUAAUCGGGAGGGCGUCUCUUAUCAUCUUCAUUCUCGCUUCAACAAUCUUUAUUAGUGCCAUCACUUUAGGUGGUUUUGGUAUUAUCAACAUGAUCCAAAAAAUCAAGCAUAAUGAGUACAUGGGUUUUGAGGACCUUUGCAAAUACGAUGCAUGAAAUGUACAUAUGUUCAAUGACUUUGUUUUUUGUUAAAUUUGUAGCUUUUAAUCUCCUAUUAGGAGGCAAAGGCUCUAGCUUAGUAAGAAUUGGACACUAUUUUAUUGGAGUAGGAAAUAGUCGCUGGUAAAUAUUCUUCUUGGAUAUUAUGCUUCUGUAGGGUUGUAUUGGAUUCAAUACAUUUUUAUUUGAUUGUCGUAUCAAUAUCUUCGCCAUGGAGUGGGUAAUUGUAAUGACAUUCUA